UUAUCAUCCACUCACAUAAGAAGGCAUCGGCAUCCCCAAUCACCAAAUCGACAAGCAACUAAGCAAGAAAGCAUGUCUGACGACGAUGCCGCGGGAAGCCCGCGGCUGAGCCUGAGCGGUUUCAGCUCCCUCUUCUCCAUCUCCACCACCACCCCGCAUCCUCACCACCACCACCACCACGACCUGCCGCCGCCCUCUCUCUCCCUCAGCAUCGGCACCGGCGGGGAGGAGCAUGAGGAGGACCAGGUCGUCAGCAGCGGCCAGGGGACCACCGCCCGUGUCCGGAUGAUGAAGAACCGGGAGUCCGCGCUGCGCUCCAGGGCCAGGAAGAGGGCCUACGUGCAGGAGCUCGAGAAGGAGGUCCGCCGGCUCGCCGACGACACCCUCAGACUGAAACGACAAUUCAGACAGGUACGCGCGCGCGUCCUACACCAUUGUCCUCGUCCAUCUCCCUUCAGUUCCUGCCUUUUGCUGGUUUCUCUGCGCGCGGUUGAUUAACUCAAACUCUCCUCCAUGCAUG